AUCAUGGGGGACACAAAGCACUUUCUGUUACUUCUUCUCAGUGCUUAUGCUUUGGCUGAGUCAAGCACUGAAGUAACUGAUGAAGAGGCAGGAGUGGAGCCAUCAUUAUGCUCCUUGGCAUCGCGAUUUAAGAACUUCAGAAAAUAUAUUUAUCAGUACACAGCCGACAGCACAAAUGGCAUGACCGGCACAGCUAAUAUCAAGAACGGUCCAAAGAUCUCCUGUAAGGUGGAACUUGAUGUUCCAUUGGCAUGCAGCUUUGUCCUGCACACGACUGAGUGUUCCCUGAAUGAAGUGUCUCUCAUCGACGCUCAGGGUCAGCCAGUCUACAGACCAGCUUCUGGAACUGAGAACUUCAGGGCAGCCAUGGAGAAGAACCCCUUGAAUUUUGUGGUAGAACAGGUGACCAAUGUUUCCAUCUUUCCUGAAAAGGAUGAGCCUGAGAAUAUAGUGAAUGUCAAAAGAGGGAUCAUCUCUGCUCUCCUAGUGCCUGUCACAGAGGAGGAACACAAUAGGAAAAUGGUUACCAUUCAUGGACUUUGUGAGACAGACCUCAUCGUCAACUCAAAGAAAGACAUUGAUGUUGAUGUCACCGUGCUUAGAGAUCUGUCAGCGUGCAGCCAUUUUUAUCCUCACCAACUCCCCACAAGUCCUCUGUCCCUCCUACCAGGCAUGAAUGGACUCAUCUCUAAGCUCAUCAAAAGCACCCAGACUUGUAAUUAUCAGUUUGACAACAGGAGGAAGCACAUGACUGAGGCCCAGUGCACAGAGAAACACCUCUUCAUUCCAUUCUCUCAUGAGGGUCAGUAUGGUAUAUCUUCCGAGGUGAAACAGAGUCUAAUCCUACAAGACUCAGUGAAAAUCAACAACAGAUAUUUCAGCAAUGAUGCCGCAUUAGAGAGAAAGCUUUUCCCAGAAGAAGUGGAAGACAAAUCUUUCAUGCAGAGCAAAGAGGACAUUCUUACAUCUAUGAAAACCCUUAACGACCUGACCAAAUUAGGAAGGAACCAGGAGAGGGGACGUCUGUUCCAGAACCUUGUGUCUCAGAUCCGAGGCCUGAAGAAUGAAUCAUUAUCUUUAGCGGUUGAGGAGAUGAUGGGGAUUUCCAAGUGGCUGACAUGGCAGGUGCUGUUCCAGUGUGGCACCAGUGAAUGCACCAGUGCCAUUCUACAGAUCCUGAGAGGCAUCAGUGAACCAGCCAGAGAGGUGGAUGCCAUUGUGUAUGCUUUGGGUCUGUUGCCACGGGCAAACCCCCAGCGACUCAGAGACAUGCUCAGCAUGGCCCAGCACAAACCAAGCAAAGCCAUUAUGUACGCCCUUGCUAACACAGUAAAAAAAUUGCCUCAAGAUCAUGCAAUAGAAAUCCCCGAAGUGAGGGAGGUGGCUGAAUUCAUGGAGUACUUGCUGGAUGACUGCAGAGGGAACGAGGACAAAACCUUUCUUACGUUAAGGGUAAUCGGUGUCAUGGGAAAAUAUAUGGAAGGCUUUCCAUCUCUAAAAUCCUCUCUUGUAAAGUGCAUGAACCAGCGUGACACUUCUCUGUCAGUACAAAAAUCAGCCAUUCAGGCUUUCAGACUGAUGGAAGUAGAUUCAGUUGUGACUCAUGCUCUGUUGCAGCAGUUCCAGGACACAGAAGCACCUGCCCAGAAGCGUAUAUCUGCAUAUUUGAUGUUAAUGAGGAGUCAUAAGGUAGCAGAGGAGGUGCUGAAGACUCUGAAAAAUGAGCAGGACCUGCAGGUCAAGAGCUUUGUUAUGUCACAUAUCGCUAACCUCCUGGACACUGAAGACCCAAAUCUCCAAAUAGCAAAGGACUACCUUGAAUAUGUUUUGGAGAAAGAUGGGAGCAUCUCUGCACUGGACUUUACUAAGUUUUCUCGUAAUUACAAGGUUGAGGUGCCAUGGACUGGCUCCAUAGAGAGCAAUGUGAUUUUUGACUCUGCCAAUUAUAUGCCCAGAGAAGUCAUGUUAGCAACCACCCUUGAUAUGUUCAAUGCAGAAAUACUGGAGAUUGGUCUGGAGGCUGAAGGUUUUGAGGCAAACAUUGAGGCCAUUUUUGGUGAAAAUGGUUUCUUCCCUGAUACCAUAUCAAAGGCUAUAUACUGGGCCAAGGACCAGGUUCCACCCCAAGUUAGGCAGGUUCUGGAGAAAUGGAUUGCUCCCUUAAGAAGCAGCAGGAUGAAAAGAGAGGUGUCCAAAAACAUCAUGAAGCAGGUGAAGGAAAACUUUGAGAAAUUCAGACAAGGCCUUAAAUAUCUUGAAGAGAGCAAAGAUGCCCCUAAUGCGAUGGCCUACUUCCGGAUAAUGGGAGCAGAACUGGGUUACAUAAAGACCAGUGAACUCAAUGACAUUUUUGAAAACAUCAUCACAUACUCAGAACUUUUCCUCAGGACAAUUCCUAUAGAGUUUAUGAAGAGACUGUCAUCUGGAAUAGAUAAUGAGCUUUUUGCCCACUACAUGUUCUUGGACAAAGCCUUCACCCUACCCACAGGCACUGGCCUGCCUCUCAAGCUCUCUAUGGCUGGAGUCUUUGCACCUGGUGCCACAGGAGGCCUAACCUAUGACCGUAGCAUGCAACAGUUCUCAUUCAGGCCAUCAGUGGGACUGGAGUUUGUUACCCAAAUGGGCAUCUACAUCCCUGAGUUUGUAGCUGCUGGUAUUAGAAUGCACACAAACAUGUACCAUGAAAGUGGCCUGAAUGCCAAAGUCACAGUGGGAAAUGGCCAGCUUCAGCUUUCCAUUCCUGCCCCAAAAGAUAACACCCAGCUGAUCAGCAUCAGCAAUGAGCUGUUUUCAUUGACUACCACUAUGACCAGGAAGGUGCCCUCCAUGGUGGAGGGCAGGGCUGACUUUACAGAAUGCAAUCCCUUCUUCCCUGGAAUAAAGUACUGCACAGUACUUCACUAUUCCCAAGCCAGUUCCACCAACAAUGCCCCAUACUAUCCCCUAACUGGGGAGACAAGGUUUGCUGUGGAGCUUCAGCCCACUGGUGACAUAUCAGAAUACACCGCGACCAUGGCAUAUGAACUUCUCAGAGAGGGCAAGGAGGGGUACCACAAGACUGAUUCCCUGGUAGUUUCUCUUAAGGCCAAGGGCACCACAUCUACAACAGCGACUGCCACCUUAAAAUACAACCGUAACAAGAAUAUUUUCACUGGUGAGCUUCAAAUACCAGACUAUGAUGUUGAGGCUGGUAUUAAGAUGGCAGUCAUAGAUACCACUGGAAAGGAAAAAAAGAUGCAUGGGCUUACUAUUGAUGUAUCCAACAGAAAAAGCCUCCAACUCUCCUUAGUAGGACGUGCCAGAUUUGAGUCAAUGGAAGAUGGUAUAUUGGAGCUAGAGAUGGCUGUCCCUGCUCUGGAGAUCAAUGCUUCUGCCAGUGCCAGUAUAAAAAAUAUUAAUGGACUUGUUCUGAAACUUGAGACAUCCGUUAACAUCCCAGAGACGUCCUCUCUGCAAAACGCUAUCCUUAGAUAUGAUGAGAACAAGUUUGAAUUGGAGUUUAAGUCAGAUAUGCAAUCUGCAGUUACAAAAUUCUUUCCGAACAUCGAUAACUAUAGCAGCCAGCUAAAGACUUUUAUUGAUGAUAUCCUUGACCAAAAGGUGGCCAAAACUGACAUGAAUCUUCGGCAUAUAGUUUUGAAAGGUAUAGAGGCAAGUAACAUUUGGUUUGACAAAUUUGGAGAAGACAUUCCAUAUUUGAAGAAUCUGAGGUUCAAGAGAUAUAUACCAGAGUUCACAUUUUCUGUGCCAGAAAAAAUAUAUCUCAAAUCUGAUGCACUGUUCAGAUAUGAGUUCAACAGGAGGAAGAUAUUCUUCUCACUGCCUCUUCCUUUUGGUGGGAUAUCAUCUGCAGAUCUAAACAUCCCCUCUGUGUUAACAACUCCACCUAUUAAUGUGCCUUCCCUUGGUUUAGAUGUGCCUAGAAUUAAGCACAGAAUCCCCCCCUUCACAAUUCCCUACAGAUGGGACUUCUCCUUGCCUAAUAUUGGCAUGGCAGAGGUAACUGCUAAAGUGAACAGCAACUUCUAUGACUGGGAAGGCUCUAUCUCAGGGCACAAAUACACAGUUGAUGUUCCAAGAUACAUUGCUAAAUACAAAGUUAUGGCAAGCUGUCCUGUGACACCGCUUUCAUAUAAAGUUGAAGGUACAGCCCUGGUUACUGGCACUGUUGAUGACACCUUCAAAUACCUUGUGAAUGGCUCAUUGAAUCACAGUUUUCUUGAUGCUAGCUUUAGUGUCUUUGAAAGCUCAACUAUUACUAGCACUGACAAAUUGAAUGGCAAGGGAAUUUACAAGCUUGAAGCAACCAGCCCGUUUGGUCUUCAUACCUCCCUGUAUUAUUCUGUUCAGUCAGUUAUUGAAGACUUUGAUAUCACUACAGAUGGGAAUGGAAAUGUAGUCUUCAAAAUAGGCCCUCUGUUUGCCAACUCUACAUAUGCCCUAUCCUACACUAUUGACCUUCUAAAAAUAGAAGGAAAAGGAGAGUCUGUUUUAAAGUUUGAUUCCUCAUUCAUUCAAGGUCAAACUGUAACCAAGGGAAAAUAUCUCAAUAAGGAACUAAGCAUUGUGUCCAAAACAAGUGCACAAAAUGAUGCUUUGAUACAUAUAGGUGAAGUGAAGUACAAGGAUGGCCAUUUGGUUUUGAAGUCCGAUGCUACUGCUUCUGCCCUAGGCAAAGCUCUCCACUGUCAAACUACACUUGAUAUGACAACUGAAGAAGCCAGCUUUAACGUCGACAUCCAAGCAGACGAUGCAACAAAUCGAGCAUACUUCUUGCUUACUGGAACUCUGAAUGGCAAAGGACUUGAAGUGAACUUUGAUAACACCAUAAACCUUCAGGAUAGUCGUGGAACACACAAAGGUGCACUUACUUUGGGAGUGAAUGGACUGGACACAAGUUGUACAACAACCCUACAAUGUAGCUCUUUGACAUUUGAGAAUAUCUUCAGUGCUGGUAUUGAUGGAACAGGAGCCUUCAUGUCACUUUUAUCUAAAGGAUUAGCUCUGGACAACACAGCAGAGCUCAGUGUGAAAGGCAAAAUCUCAGACAGUGAAAUGUAUGUAAACAGCUUUUUCAAAGGGAAUGCUUUUGAAGGUGAUGCAAGAAACACAAUGAGCUUGGUUCUAAAUAACCAGGGUUUGAGCCUCUCCAACACCAUGAGAGGUAUCUUUCAGAAGAUGAGGACUGAGACCACCCAUACUCUGUCUGUAGCUCUGUGGACACUGGCAUUCCAAUCUAAGACAGAUAAUUUCAUCUGUGAUGGUACUUCAUACAACCAUGAUAUCAAGUUUAAAAUGUUACCUUUUGCUGCAUCUCUGUCCUCAAAUAAUAAACUUGAGAUGUUUGACAUCAGUGUCAGCACUGAGGGCCAUCUUACGAUAGAGCCAUUUAGGGUAGAUGCAACUGGAAGCAUUACUGGGAAAUACAUGGAGGAGAAUCCCAUCAAAAUCACUUGUGGAAUCAUCUUUUCAGACUUGGCUGGUUCAAUAAAAUGUUAUUCAACUGCAGACGUUAUGGAUUCACAGAUCAGUCACAAUUUUGAACUGGAAUUUGCCGGAUUGUCAUCUGUUCUUAACAGUGAGACUCGAUUAAACUCCAAGGCUUUGCGUCUUGAGAAUACCAUUCGUACAAUGGCUAUGCCAUUUAGCCUCACUGUUGAUGCCAUUCUCAAUAGUGAUGGUUCACUGAAUUUCUAUGGUAAGCACACUGGACAACUCUACAGCAAGUUUCUUCUUAAAGCUGAACCUUUUGCAAUCGCUGAAUCCCAUGACUACAGAGCUUCUGCCACACAUAUGUUGCCAAAUGGGGACUCAGUUGAAACCCAUAUUGAAAACAAGUUUGAUGGCUUGCUGAUACCCAAUGAGCAGUCUGUGUUGUGGAGAUUUAAGUCAAAGCUAAAUAAUCACGCAUACAACCAAAAGAUCAGUAUUUAUAACAAAGAAGCUGAUAUGGGAGUUGAGCUCUCUGGAGUGCUCCACACAAAUAUAUUGCAUAACGCUGGAGACUCUAGUGACAUUACAUUGAACAAUCAAGAAUUCAGUGUCUCUGGGUUCCUAAAGUAUGAUAAAAACACUGACUGCCACAUAAUUGAUUUGCCUUUUAUUGAGAGCCUUCCAGUUGCUUUAGAGAAAAUGAAAAACACAAUUAUGGAUAUUCUUGAUUCCCUUCAACAAUAUUUGAAUGGUUUGGACAUUAAUGAUUUGGUCAGACGUUUGAAGCAGAACUUGGAUGAAGUCCAGCACAAAGUUAAUGACUUGAUAAAGGAAAUCAAUCUAGAGUCCAAAUUAAACAUGGCCAAGGAUAAGGUGAUCUCUUUAGUGCACGACUAUGCUAUCACCCUAGAUGACCUGGAAGCAACUGUGGAGAACCUUAAAGUGGCUUCAGAAAAAUUCAUAAUUGACCUGGCAAUCAAAAUAAGAAAUUUAAAGGCUCAAAUCAAAGAUUUUAUUGAAAGUGGAUCCUGGUCAAAAAUGUUGUUAAAGAUUGGAGAUGAAAUUAGGGCCUUUGAUAGAACAUAUGAUAUUACCCAAACAAUCAUAAGAGCUAUCACUGCCAUUGAAGACAUAAUUAGUCAGAUUGAUGUGCAAAGACUGCAAGACAGCAGCAUGACAUGGUUGAAGGAAUUUGAUGCUAAGUACAAAAUCAUUGCAAACCUUCAGAAGAAAGUAAAUGAACUAAAGCAAGUCUUAGAGACGUUUGACAUUGUAUUGUUUGUUCAAGAUGUGACAGACUAUGUGAGCUCAUUUGAUUUGGCUCACUAUGUAGAUCAGCUCUCUGAUCACAUUCCCUCUGAAGACAUUGAAAAGGUGCUUGAUUCAAUGAAGGAUGUCAUUGUUAACUGGAUUGAAGAGUAUGAAAUUGUAGAUAAAAUAAAUUCUAUUUACUCAAAAGUAGGAGAGCUAUUUCAAAGAUAUGAAAUUAAAAAGAAGAUGGAAGUUUUCCUGGACCAAACAAAAAUUCUUAUCAAACAAUACAAAAUCCAAGAGACUGUUAAAGAAAUGGUAGGUGCUUUAAAGUCUAUUCCUUUUGAAUAUGUUUCAGACAAGGUCUUGCAAAUUCUGGAUACCACUGUUAGUCAAUUAAAAUCCAUCAACAUCCGGCAAAACAUUGGAGAUCUAAAUGAGUUUAUUCAGAAAAUAAUAAAAUAUCUGAAGAUGUUUGAUUACAAUACAUUUGUUGAUGAAGUCAAUAAGGAAAUCAGCAAAAUAAGAAAUUAUAUGAAUGAACAAAUAAAUAUCUAUGAAAUCCCACAAAAAAUUGAGGCAUCCAGGGAAUUUCUGAGAGAGAUGCAAGCUUCUUUGUUCAAAUAUUUGGAUCAACUAAAAAACACCAAGGUGGCAGAGCUUUACAGAAUGAUUAAGGAUGUAAUCGACACCACAGCAUAUAAGGACAUUAAACUAAAGAUCCAGGACAUCCUUGAAGACUUGAAGGCAAGGAUCAGUGACAUGGACAUCAGAGAUGAAAUCCUUGUUUACUUGCAAAAGACAAGUGAAUCCUACAUCAAUAUGAUUGCCUACAUCUCAACAUGGUUCGAAACCUUGAUUGAAAAUAUUCACAAGCUAUCUCAUGAUGAGGAAAAACUUAAUCAAAUCUUCAAAUCUGUGGAAGGAGUUCUCAGUUCCCUCAAGACAGCACAAAUUGAAAUACAGGCUUUUACUCUUCCAUUCACUACACUUCAAGUUCCUACUCUUCAGAUAAACUUGGCAAGGCUUCAAGAUAUUACAAUUCCAUUAGUGAUAACAGUACCAGCAUUCACAGUUCUAGAUGUAUUGAAUGUUCCAUCUAUCACUAUUGACCUUGAAUCAAUUAAACAGAAGAUAAUUGAAUUCAUUGACCAAAUUCAAAAGUUUGAAAUGCCAGACCUGGAUCCUGAGGCUAUUUUUGGUGAUUUAAGAGCUAUUUAUCUAUUUGACCUGCCUGACUUUACUCUCCCGGAGAUCAAACUUGUAGAGUUCAAGGUCCCAGAAAUAACUAUACCAAAACUUAAUCUGCAGAAAUUUGAGAUUACCAUGUUACCAAUUCCUGAAGUCAAGAUGCCUCAUAUUCCCUUUGUACCAUGUGUACCUGCUUUUGGAAGGCUGUAUGGAGAAUUCAAUUUAAAUUCCCCUCACUAUUCAGUCAUGACAGUGGCAUCAAUUCAAAAUACAACAAGUAAAAUCUUAGAACCACAGUUCAAAGCUACCUUAACCUCCCAGGCCAAGUCAACUCUAGAAGUUCUUAGCUACUCUUUGGAUGCAGGGCUUCAAAUUGAAGCUCCAAAAAUGAAGAAAAUGGUCAUUAGUGAAACAAUAAAAGCCAGCCACCUGGCUUUUACUGUUAAUCAUGAAGGUUCUCUUAUUUUCAGUGGUCCUUCAGCUGAGGUAACUGCAAAAACAACUGCUAAGGUUGGAACACAAAUAUACAAAGCUGAUUUAGUCAACACUCUAGGAGUUGCUCUAAAGAAUGGAACAUUCUUGACUAUGGACACAGUGUAUAACCAUAACCUGAAUAUACCCUCUAUGGAUAUCUCAAGUGAGGCCAUAAUUACAAAAAAAGCUAAGGCUCAGUUUGAGUCUGGAACCAUUUCUGUGACCGUAGAAAAUGUGGCAAAUGGGAAAUGGUCAUUCAAGCACUACUCUGAUGAAGGCAUACAUAAAAGCAAUCUAGUAUACAGCGUCAACAGUGGCACUGCAAAGCUAACCUUUGAUGGUGAAACAAACAGCAAAACCCUGAAAAUGAAACAAUCAGUCAAUGCUGAAUCAGUCCUUCUAAGUCACAUUACAAUUGAUGCCAGUGCUGAAACAGAGACUCCUUUCAUGAAGAGAAGCGUGAUGAAACUGACUGGGAAGGCUCAAAUGGAAGGUCUCAAAAUUGAAAUAAUGGCAUCACACAAUGCAGAACUGACUGGAACAAUCAGUGGAACCCUUUCCAAUUCUUGUGACUUUUUGGCCAUACCAUUUGAGAUUACUCUUGACUGCAAAAAUAAAGGAAACUCUAAAAUUAUCUUUCCACUAAAACUAACUGGUAAGAUUGAUCUUCAGCAUGAUUAUAAGAUGAUUUUGAACCCUGAAAAACAGCAUGCCUGUUGGGUGGGUCUGGCUCGAUUCAAUCAAUAUAAAUAUAAUCACAACUUAACUUUUCACAACAGUAAGAAGGAUGCAGGAAUCUAUGUAUCAGUGGAUGGUGAAGCUAAUCUUGACUUUUUGAUGGUCCCCCUAACUAUUCCAGAGAUGACUGUGCCAUACUUUGAUACAAGAACACCGAUGAUCAAAGGAUUCUCUCUAUGGGAGGACUUUGGCCUGAAAUACCUACUAACCACUACGCAUCAAUCUUUUGACAUUGAUUUCAAGCUUCAGUACCAAAAGAACCCUGACAAACAUAUAUUUGACCUAGAUCUUGAGUCUGUCUAUAAAACCAUUAAUGAAAAUGCUAAGCUUUUAGGAGUACAAUUUGAAAUAGGAAGGGACAAAAUCUUUGAUGCCCUAACAAAUUCCUAUAACCAAGCCAGGAUCCAAUUUCAAAAAUUGAAAAUUGACACAUCCAACCAUCCACCAAGGUAUUUCACUGUCCCUGGGUACACUGUACCAAUUCUGAAUAUUCAAGUAUCAGCCUUUAGAGCGGAGUUGCCUGCAUUCAGCUAUUUCAUCCCCAAGGAGGUUAGCAUACCAAGCUUUAAAGUUCCAAUGAUAGGUUUUUCAGUUCCCUCCUACACUCUAGUGCUUCCAUCUCUAGAACUGCCAGUCCUGUAUGUGCCUGAGACACUCAGAGAGUUGACACUACCUGCAUUCACAUUACCUGAUAUUCAGAACAACAUCAUGAUACCUGCUCUAGGAAAUAUAACAUAUGACUUUUCUUUCAAGUCACCAGUGAUCACUGUGAAUUAUAACGGUGGUCUCUACAAUCAGUCUGAUAUUGUGGUUAAAUUGGGAGCAUCUUCUACUUCUGUGUUUGAGUUCCUCAGAGGCAAACUUGAUGGUACAACCAGCAUCACUAAGAAGAGAGGGCUGAAGGUGGCCACAACCCUGUCCAUGGAACACAAGAAUGCAGAAUAUACUCAUGACAGCACUAUCAGCCUCAACAAGAGGAAUAUGGAGGCUUCUCUGGCCAAUGUUAUGAAAAUCAACCUAUCAGUUUUUUCAAUGGAGUUAAAUCAUGCACUCAGUGGAAAUACCAAGACCAAGCCUAAUCUUGCUUCUGACAUGAAGCUUCAAUACACUUAUAGCCUUCCCUCAAUAAAAAGUGAAGGAAAAGGAAUCAUGAAUCAUGAUCUUGCACUUGAGGCACUGUCAUCUUAUGUCUUUCUGGAGAGUUCUCUAAAACUAAAGGCUGGUGAAACAAUAAUAGACAAGGGACAUUUUUCAGAAUUCUUUAACAAUGAAGCAACUAUAUACCUGAAUGCCAAUGGCUUACGUUCUACCAUCAAAACAAACAUAAAUACUGAAGCUGAUUACGAAAAGACUAAAAUCUGGAAUGUUGGCAUGACUGAGACCAUUGCUGUUGAGGCUUCUCUUAGAAGAGUUUAUGCCACACUGAAUUACACAAACAAUAAUGAGUUGAAUGUUGCAUCUUUUUCAACCACUGGAAAGCAUUCUGCACAGGGAACAUUUGAGUUUAUUCCACUGAGAACACUGUCUGCUAACCUUAAUAUCGAUAUAUCACAGCCAUGCAACCUUGGUCUUGCAGGCAUAACUGAGAAUAUUGACCUUACCGUCACCUCUGACAGACAGAAGUUAACUUGGACUAGCAAGGAACAAUUAGCCUCCAUUAAACUUUCCAGUGAUCUAAUGCUGUCUAAUGAUGAAUCUGAGAUACAUGUGGAGAUGACUAAAUCCAUUGAAGGUCAUUUCACAUUUCUGAAGUCUAUCAAAUUGCCUCUCUAUCAGAAAACUCUGUGGGAUGUGUUGAAGUUUGAUGAUAUCACCAGUAUCGACCAAUUACAAUUCCUAACAUUUGCUACUCAUGUAGUGUAUACUAAGAGCAUGGAUGGUACACUGUUGGCACUGCCUGCAAAAGUAUUUGAAAAUGGUGUUGUUUUCACCAUUCCAGAAACUAUGCUUGGAGUACCCUACUGGGUGAAGCAGAUUCCACAGAAAAUAAGAGACAUAGAUCAGCGACUCGAAAAUGUUGACUUGCCUGAUGUUAUAUCUAUCCCACCAAUCAUCACUAUUCCAUCUUUUGAUGUACCUUUCACAACUCUCAGAGUGAAAUCCUUUACAUUAGAUCUACAAAAUCUGAAAAUCCUAGAUGAGAUCAUUACAGCUACGUUUGACAUAACUUUGCCAGGUCUACCAAAGAUCACAAUCCCCAGCUUUAAAAUUGACACAAAAUACAUGAUGGACAAAAUGGCUGUCUUGUUUUUGAAACUACCUCAAUAUGAAAUCACCAUUUCACCAUUUCCUCUACCCAAAUCGUUUACCAUUGGUAAUCACAGAAUUAGUCUGGAUGACAUCACAAAAGCAAUCUAUCAUUUUGAGAUGCCAUCCAUAACAAUCCCUGAACAGAAAAUUCAGAUGCCAGAGAUAUCACUUUAUCUGCCAGCCAGUAUAUAUAUCCCAUCAUUUGGUGCUCUCUCCACUACUAUGAAAGUUUCCACGCCAAUUUACAAUAAUACAUGGACUACAAAAAUGGAGAACAAAAAGCCAGGAUUUGUUUGCACACUCAAGUCUUCCUGUACAUCGACCAUGACCUUCCUAGGAUAUGACUUGGAUGCUGUUAUCAGCAUCUUAGUUGAAAAUGAAGCUGUGAAUCUGGAUGGAAAAUGCACCUUCUCCCACAAUGAUGUAAAAGUGAAUUGUAAGCAUGACCUCCAUCAGAAUCUCAGAAUGAAACGGAAAGUGCAUUCUGCCUCAAGAGCCUCAAAACACACUUUGGAAAUAGAUGUAACAAGCAAGACCUUUGCUGAUGUGAGUUUUCGCUAUGCCUCCCACAACAAUGGCAUCACAUCUUCAGUAUCCUCACCUUCAGCUGGGUUCAUUGGAUUCCAGUUUACAAGGAGGUCGCCAUCUCAGUAUUAUGGUAAACUUUUCAGUAGAUACUUGUCAACGCCUGACAAGGAUACUGAUCUGCUGAGUUUCAAGGCUACUCUGAAGAACUCUAAAAAGUUAAACCUUCAGACUAGUUGGCAAAUGAAUGGAUUCUUUGACAUGUUAAAUGGGUUUAAGGUCAGGCUACCUGCUAUCACAGUAGCUAUUCGUGACUUCAUUGACAAAUACCACAAAGCCCAUUUUGGCAUGGACCUUAAUCAUGCUGCAUUAAAGCUGAAGAAUGCAGUUUCUAACAACAUGGAUAAACUCUACAGUGGCCUUCACAGGACAUUUGAUGCAUUGCAGAACUCAGUUGAACUUCUGAGUCAACAGAGUAAAGAGAUGUUAGAGUGGACAAGAAAUAGCAUGCCAGAGAUUGACAUUCAGGAGAUGAGCAGCAGAAUGUCUAAGAAUGUCAGAGAACUACUUCGCCAUUAUGAAUCAAAUGUCAAAGUCUUACUGGAUGCUAUCAUGAAAUUCCUGAGUGAGACCAAAUUCCACUUGCCAGGUUUAGAGGAGAAGCUCACUGGCCAGGAGUUGUACAACAAGAUGAGACGUUCCAUUUCAACGGCAAUCAAGCGGGCCUCCAGUAGAUUUACCAGCCUUAUGGAGACUAUAGCUAACACCAUCGCAAGGUACAUCAGUGGAAUGAAUUUCAGUCUCCCAGGUACAAGUAUUGUUAUAAACAGCAAGGAAAUUUUGAAGGAUAUUAAGUCUGCUGUGAGGUCUGCACAUGAUCGGAUUAUUCAAACAAUGAAGAGGUGGGAAGGUAUGAGACUAGAGAACUUGCUCCAGAACCUGAGUGAUGUUAUAAAAUUUUGCAUCCAGAGGGCAGGGGAGUUCAUUACAUCUUUGAAGACAGAGAGACUAAAGGAACUUUCUGCUCAUAUCAAUGGAAUUUACACUGAAGCCAGCAAUAAUCCAAUGAUGCAAGAAAUUACCAGACAGAUUCAAGUUGCAAGAACGAAUGCAGCUGAGUACAAAGACAAUGCAAAACUGAAAGUCCAGGAGGUCUACAAUGAGAUCUCCAUGGAGCACCUCAACUCAAAAAUUAAUGAACAUAUUUCAGUCUUAGAAAAUCAUCUUCGUGCCCAUACUGAAGAUAUCAUUGAAUAUGCAAAGAAUGCUUCACAGCAUACACAGCCAUAUAUAAGAGUUUCCAACAAAAAGAUAGAUGUGGAUAUCCCUCUGCCUUUCUACUGGAGUUCUUUCAGUGAAUGGCCAAGCAUGACAUAA